AUGGGUGGAGGAGAACAAGGAUUUCGGGUCGAACUUGGAAGUCGUCGGAGGAUUGUUUUCUGUUUGGAUUCUCCUGUCUUUUGUUGCAAUACGUGUCUGUGGAAGCGACCAGUGGAUAUAGAAGCGUUACUUUAUGAUACAUGGGUCUUCAAAGCAACAUGGGGCCAGCUAGAUAUAGGACGAUCGCCUGCGGCCAUGAUGCCUCAGAUCACCUCUUUGGACGUGCAGUGUGAGAAAACAGGAAUGACGGUUCAUGUUGAGUUUGACAGACCCUACAAUGGAAUCAUUUUUUCGAAGGGUCAUUACAGCACUGCUUCCUGCCGAUACGUCAACCCCAGGAGUGGGAGGAAUUCCUAUGAAUUUGUUAUUCCAAUGAGUGGAUGCGGAACUGUAGCGAAUGACAAUAUCGAUGGUACGGGCCAAUUUGGGUUCGAUAACACCAUCAUCUUUCAGAAUGACGAACUCUUUCAAGAGAUUUGGGACGUAGCCAGAAAGAUCUCGUGUGGCUGGAUUUCAAGUAUUGAAAAGUUUGUUACCUUUCGUCCAUUCACUGUGGACAUGCUGGAAGUUAAGGAAGUGUUCUUCACAGGAGACAAUGUCGACUGUUGGAUGGAUCUUCAAAGGGGAGAAGGACCUUUUGCUCCUCCCGUGAACGGAAUUGUAAAAAUUGGAGAAACACUCACCAUUGUUAUAUACACACGUGAUGACGACGGUUCAUUUGAUCUUCUUGUCAAGGACUGUUAUGCUUAUGAUAGCCCAGAGUUUGAAAACACUAAGACAAGACGUAUUCAAUUAACUGAUAAGUCAGGCUGUCCAGUAAAAGAAAAGCUACUUCGAUCAUUUUAUAGAACCCGAAGGACUAAGAAUACAGGAGCUAGCAUAAUCGCCUAUGGAUUUAUCAAUGCAUUUAAAUUUCCAGAUAAAAUGGAUGUUUACAUAGCAUGUAACGUUGAAAUUUGUAAAAAUUCUUGUGCCAGUUCGUGCCAACCAGAAGUAACAGAUGAGACUAAUCCUGGAGGGAGAACAGAAUUUCCUCCGACUAUUACAACCAGACGCACACCUCCUCCUCCUACCCGCCCUCCUAUCUUACCCACACGCCCUCCAACUCGGCUUACCCGUCCUCCAACUCAGCGUACCCGUCCUCCAACUCGAGGUACCCGCCCUCCAACUCGGCGUACCCGUCCUCCAACUCGAGGUACCCGCCCUCCAACUCGGCGUACCCGUCCUCCAACUCGAGGUACCCGUCCUCCAACUCGGCGUACCCGUCCUCCAACUCGAGGUACCCGCCCUCCAACUCGGCGUACCCGUCCUCCAACUCGAGGUACACGUCCUACCCGUCCUCCAAUUCGUAGUACGCGCCCUACAGUCCAACCUCCACCCCCAUUUAGAACAACACCUGCUCCUGCAACAAAAGGUUCACAUAAAGCGAAUGCUUUUCACACCUUUUUGGGUGAAUUCGGUCGUUACAGAACCCACGUGGGGAGAAAACGUAGGGACGUUGAGUUAAGCCUAAAUAGCCAUCGUGAAAAUAAAGACAAUGCAACGUUAUCUAUGUAUCGUUCUUUCACCGUUCUCGCCCCGGAUGAUUUGUCAGACUUGGAGAGUGACUAUGUUAAAGCACUUCGCUUACUCAACCAGAAAAACAGUGACAGCUACUGCAUGUCUGUCACAAGCUUUUUCACAGGCCUUUCUGUUCUCUUGGGACUUUUGACUAUUAGUUUCAUCGUAGUAUUGAUGAUGUGUCUUCGAAUUCGAAAUAAUACGAAAACCAUGAAGUCGAUCUCUUCAGGUAACUGUCAUCAUUCAUAA